CAGCAGCUUCCAAACUGUGGGCGUUUUUUCUCCUCGAUCUUUUUUUUGUUCUUUUCUGGGUGUUGCCUGCUCGGAAGUUUCACCGGGCGUUGCAGAGAAGGAGACAAACCGGAUAAUUUCUGUGACGACAUUUAUCAACUUUUCUGGACUGCAGUCGAGGCACCUCACGCUUUGUGCACUUUGGAGUCGACACCGGACCGGUUUUAUUGUAGCCGCCGUUAGCUCGCUAGGCUAACUGGGGAUCGAGCUGCUGUACCGUUGGCUGGAAGGUUCCGAUGCAGGCCAUUAAGUGUGUGGUGGUGGGGGACGGGGCUGUGGGUAAAACAUGCCUGCUCAUCAGCUACACUACCAAUGCCUUCCCUGGAGAGUACAUCCCCACAGUCUUUGACAACUACUCUGCCAAUGUGAUGGUUGAUGGGAAGCCAGUAAACCUGGGCCUGUGGGAUACAGCGGGACAGGAGGACUACGACAGGCUCAGGCCCCUGUCUUACCCUCAGACGGAUGUGUUCCUGAUUUGCUUUUCACUAGUCAGUCCCGCCUCCUUUGAAAACGUCCGUGCCAAGUGGUACCCUGAGGUGAGACACCACUGCCCCAACACGCCCAUCAUCCUGGUGGGCACCAAGCUGGACCUGAGAGACGACAAGGACACGAUCGAAAAACUCAGGGAGAAGAAACUCUCCCCCAUCACCUACCCUCAGGGCUUGGCCAUGGCUAAAGAAAUAAGCUCAGUAAAGUAUCUGGAGUGCUCCGCUCUGACGCAGCGCGGCCUUAAGACGGUGUUUGACGAAGCCAUCAGAGCGGUGCUGUGCCCCCCGCCCACCAAGAAGAGGAGGAGGAAGUGCAGACUAUUCUAAGGGACCGCAGGGAAAAAGAAAACACGGUUGCAGUAAGAACUCGCCUACUCGGAGGGAGGAAGAUGAUGGCUGGGUUCCCCAAAUAUCUAUUCACCCCUUGUGUCCUUGCUUAUGUAGAAGCUCUGGUAGUUCACACCUCCAUCUGAAAAACGUCACAGAUUUAAGCAGCUUUCAGCUCUGGUUUCUGUUUACUUACAUCUGUUUUGUGCUUUCAGUUUGACGGGAAUGACGUGACUUUGUUCAGGCCUAGGGGAAUGUGAGGGUGGGGAUUUGAUCUGGGGUUGAUUAGGGAGAAAGAGGGAGGAUUUUACAAAAAAAAAGCCAUUUGUGUCAUUUUUCUCAGACACUGUGGAGAAACACUACUCGAAUGUGAUUUUAUCAUGACAUUACUGUGGAUUUAACUCUACAAGAGAAGGAGGUCCUGCACUGCACUGGUUCCCCCUACACACUAAGAGAUUCCUGCUGCCUUGAUGAAAUUUUACUUUCAGAAAAAAAAAUGUAGUUUAGAAGUUUUAAUGUCUCCUGUUUCCAUCGUCAUGCCAGCUCUGCUUUAGAGACCGUUUUGUUUACAUGUGUCGCCAAAAUUCAGUCAAUGGUCAUUACUGUGUAGUCACUCCACGAAUACUAACAUGUCUCUUCCUUUUCAUUUUGUUUUAACGUGUACAAGAUGACGACAUGCAGAAAGAGUUUAACCCUCAGAUGACUUAUUACAAUUGUUGCAGCAGCUGCUAAGAUGCGUAAUAAUUACUAGUCUCCAUAAUUAGCGAGCAUUUAAAACAGUCUCUGCUAGAUAAUUAUCUUGUUUCGUUCCUAAAAGCUGUCUAGAUGAAUCCAUUUCUCUCUUCUUGCUGCGUGUCAAGACACACACACAGUAUUUCAUGACUGACUGUCGAGCAUGUGAAGGUGCAGUGCAGCCGGUGUUGUUGUGAAGGUUCAUUCUCAAUCUGUCUGUAAAAGUUAUAUCAUCAUUUCAUGUUCCCACUAAGUUCUUGUUGAUUUUGACCACAUCUAUUCCCGUGUUUUAUGAAGUCGAGGAGCUGGUUUAUUCACGCUCGAAUGUUGCAAAAGAUUUUAAUGUUUUUGUUAUACAAUAUGAGCAUUAACUAUUCAGCAAAUACCUUUUAUUUUGUAAUGAGCAAUGAUCAAAUUGCAUGGGUGCUCUGGGGAACCACUGUAAAUCUGGAUUAAUUGUAUCAGUGUUUCAAUGGUGCAGUGGAAGUGCACACUUGGAUUUACUUUCUUGCUAAAUGGGGUUUCAUUUUCGCAUAAUGUGGUGGUUUUUUUUUUUAAAGCAAAUAAAUUCAUCGAAAAUGC